CUGGUUGGGAUAGCGGAACCCAGUGCCCAAUCACUCUCUUUCCCCCUCGACGAAAACGGAAAAACCCUUUUCCACACGAUCCUCUGCGAAUCCCCUGCCAAUAUCUUGCCGGCGGUAAUCUCUCUCUCAUUGUUUCAAAUUCUCAUUCUCUUAAAAAAUUUUGAAAUUGGUUCAAGAAGAAAUUGGGGAUCCUGUUUGGUCAUUUGUUCGAUCAAUUGCAACUCAUAAUGUUGCUUAAUUGCUGCUGAUUCAGGGUAUAUAUCAAGGUUUUAAAGGCUCCAUCUUUUAGGGUUGGCUUAUUGAAGUGAACCUUUCAAAAACAGAAAUCCUUUUCAGUCUCUUCAUAUGGAUCCAGAGGCUUCACAGACUGCCCGAGAAUCUCUGGAGCUGACAUUUCACAUGUCGAACAUUCUUGAAACAGGACUUGAUCGCCACACCGUUUCAGUCCUCAUUGCCCUCUGUGACCUGGGUCUGAACCCUGAGGCACUGGCUGCUGUCGUCAAGGAACUUCGAAGAGAACCAUUUUCCUCUUUCCCAAUGCCAGAAACUCCAUCAUCUGCUUCGUAGACAGGUUUGUGGUGUAGUUUGCAAACUGCCAGAGAAAAGAAUUGUAGUUCACCAUUGUUUCAAGCAGUGUUGUAGAACAGGGCAUCUUCCCCUUUAUGUGAUCUGCAUUAUUGUAGUGACUAUACUGUGCAUACUCACCAAGCAUGUAGGGGCCGAUGCAUUAAGUCUAAGAGCUUAUAUUCUCCUGAGUCAUAUCUUCUGUUA